AUGACAUUAUCCGAAAGCAUUCGCCAAAUUAUGGAAAUUAAUUGUCUAAGAGAUGACAAGCUAGACUAUGAGAGGUUUCUCCAAGUUGUGUCGGCCAGACAUAUACAUGGGGUCGACGGAGAAUUGUCGAGGCGUUUGCAGACUAUUGCAACGCCUUAUGCAGCCGAUCAUAUCAUGCGGCAUAUUCAUGCGGGAAAGCAUAUUAAUUUCACUGUGGUUUCAAUGGGCGAAAACAAGUACAAGGUCACUCAUGAUGAUCACGAGUACAGCGUCAACAUGAAGGCAGAAUAUGUCUCAUGUACAUGCAAAUUUUAUUCAACCAUGAACUUACCAUGUAGGUAUAUUUUUGGCUGUCCUGAUGCCAUUGAUUUAUUUGGACCAGACUGGAUACCAGCAAGAUGGAAAAUAAACCAACACCAACUUAAAACAGCGUCUUGUCCAGAACAGGAAGAUGUAAUAAUAAAAGUAGAUAAAAUGAUGAGGAAGAAAGGAAUGACAAGGAAUGAGAAGUACAACGAAAUGCACAGACUGCUGAGAACAAUCUCGGAUGAUUGCGCUGACCAAGGUCACAAGGAAUUCUGUCGCCGUUAUGAUGUUUUUGUAACACUUCAGAAAGCUUGGAGAGAUGGCCAAGAUGUAUCUGUGUUAGUUGGAUGCAGGCCCAUUGACAAUCAGCCAGACCCAGUUCCUCAUAACAACGAAGAUGGUGCUUCCGAUACAGAACAGGUCGAAGAUCAUUUGGACCCAGUACCACUAAGCGAUGAGGAUGUCAUAUCUAAUACAGAACAGGUCCAAGAUCUGUCGGACCUAGUACCACUAGGCGAUGAAGAUGUCAUUUAUAAUACUCAACAGGUACAAGAUCAGUCAAGCCCAGUACGACUGAGUGAUGAAGAUGUAAUUUCUACAAAACAGGUCCAAGGUCAGUCAGGACCAGUGCUUUUGUGUGAUGAUGUCCCCUCUGAUACAGAACAUUUACAGACCCAAGGCAAUCUUGAUGUCACUUCUAAUGAUGAACACAUACCAUUGAGCCAUAACUUUUCGUCAUCAAGUGUUGAAGAGCCUGGUUGUCAUAGAAAUACGCAACAUAAUAAUGUCAAGCGGAAGAAGGUUUUGGAUGAGUUACGUUCACGCUUAAAGUUGCAGUCUCAUCACAAAGUUAGGGGACGGCCGAAAUGUGGCAGGCAGCGUGUUAUACACUAUGCUGUAGUAUAG